GAGUAAGAAGAUAGGGACAUAAGGUGCCGCCAAUUCCAAAACCCAAACACUAGAUUCGACACUUACGCUAUUUUAAGAAGGUUCAAAAAUUGGAGGGUUCUUCAACAAAACAGGGAGAACAAAAACGAAGUAUGCAAUUCAGUUCUACCCUUGAGUCAGAUAAAGAUGGAUGUUACCAUCCACUUCCUGAUUCAAAAUCUUCUUCAACUUCAGAAACUGAUCUGAAAAAUGAGAGAAGAAACAAGGUAUGGCACAAGGAAGCUGGUGAAUGUGGUUUCCAAAAACCCAAGGUACUACAGGGUGUUUCAGCUCAUAGAAAGACUCGCAUUAACAAGUAUGCUUUUGGCGGUGCCAUUCUGGCCUCCACAAACUCUGUUCUCUUGGGCUAUGAUAUUGGGGUGAUGAGUGGUGCAGUGCUCUACAUCAAGGACAACCUCAAGAUCUCAUCAACAGAAGUGGAGAUCUUGGUGGGUUGCCUUAAUAUAUGUUCUUUGAUUGGAUCAUUUGCAUCUGGUAGAACAUCUGAUUACAUCGGCAGACGUUAAACCAUUGUUCUGGCUGCAGUCACAUUCCUCGUUGGUGCACUUUUAAUGGGACUCGCACCAUCUUUCAUACUUCUAAUGGCUGGAAGAGUAGUAGCUGGCAUUGGCGUUGGCUAUUCCUUAAUGAUUGCUCCAGUCUAUACUGCAGAGCUCUCCCCAGCCAUGACUCGAGGCUUCCUAUCCUCCCUUCCUGAAGUCUUCAUUAAUAUUGGAAUUCUACUUGGUUAUGUCUCCAACUAUGCUCUAUCGAGUCUUCCUGAGGAUAUAAACUGGAGACUAAUGCUCGGACUUGCAGCUUUGCCAGCUAUAAUUGUUGCUUUAGGUGUCCUGGUGAUGCCCGAGUCCCCUCAUUGGCUUGUCAUGAAAGGCAAGUUUAGUGAUGCAAAGCACGUUUUGAUAAAAACGUCAGACUCAAAGGAGGAAGCUGAAUUGAGAUUAGCUGAAAUGAUAAAAGCUGCUAAGGACUCGACCCAAGGAGCUGCUUUAAGCAAUUGGCGGGGGCAGGGUGCUUGGAAAGAGUUAUUGUGUAGACCAUCUCGCCCCAUUCGUCGUAUUCUCAUUGCUGCAAUUGGAGUUAACUUCUUCAUGCAGGCUUCAGGCAACGAUGCUGUUGUAUAUUACAGCCCUGAAGUGUUCAAGGACGCUGGAAUCCAAAGCAGGCAACAGCUUGUAGGUGUUACAGUGAUCAUGGGAUUAACCAAAACAUCCUUUGUUUUGGUUUCAGCUCUUUUCCUGGACCUGUUUGGGAGGCGGCCCCUCUUGUUGUUGGGCUCAACAGGGAUGGCUGUUUCAUUGGCUGCCCUGGGGAUGGGCUCAAAGUAUCUAGAGCAGUCAGAUAGCAAGCCUGUGUGGGCCAUUGCAUUGUGUAUAGUGGCCGUAUGCGCUGAUGUAUCCUUUUUUUCAAUUGGGCUUGGGCCAGUCACAUGGGUGUAUUCUUCAGAGAUAUUUCCAAUGAGGUUAAGGGCCCAGGGUUCAAGCUUGGCAAUAUCAGUUAACAGGUUGGUAAGUGGGAUUGUGGCCAUGACAUUUCUAAGCACUUCCAAGCUGAUCUCAUUUGGAGGAAUGUUUUUUGCAUUGGCAGGAAUUAUGGCAGUGGGUACAGUUUUCAUUUAUUUAUUUUUGCCUGAAACUAAAGGCAAGACCUUGGAAGAGAUUGGGGUUCUCUUUGAAGAUAAAAUCCCUGAGAACCAAACACGCUAUGUUUCUUAACUCAAAAGACAUGCAGUUCAAUUCCUUUUGCCUUUCCAAUUUGGAAGCGAAGGAGGUAAACACCUCUGUAUAAAAGCUUGAAACUUGAAGGGAUAUAUAGGUUGGAAUGUGAUGAAGCUGGUCAAGUCAUGAUUGUUGUUACUUUGUGUGGUCUCAUAUUGGAAAACUGUCAGAGAAUGGUCCAUUUUCAUUCCUGUACAGGUUGGAUCUUGGAAGAUCAAUACACAUCUGGUUUGGAUAAAUUUUGUGUUGAUAGGGUCCUCAUUUUCCAAUAAAUUCAGCACACAGCAUUUGCUGAGCGAUGAUCCAUUCUAUGGUCCCAACCUAAAAGUAUUGCUUUUCAAUCCCCACCUAGACGCAGUACCAUUGGGUCACUAAGGUACUUUUCACUUUCCAGUGAACUCCUUUAUGCAUGUCCAUGCUUUUAUGUUCAACUUGUCAUGUAAUUUUUGGAUUAGGGAUUUUAGAAUCUAUGGAUUUUGAAAAAAAUUCUUAAAUCCAUAGAUUGUGAAAUUAAUGAAAUUUAUGGAUUUCAUUAUUUGAAUUAAAAGAACAAGAAAAUAAAAUACAUGGAUUGAUGGUUCAA